AUGGUGUCUGCGCUUCUUCCAGCUCGCCAUUUGGCUCUUGUUGGCAGCGCCCUGUAUUCAAUUCAUGCCAAGCGAGCCGCUGAGGUCCCAUGGGUUGAAGGGCUUAAGCGCCAACACAAAAAAAUUGUUAAUUUGCAGGCCCCUAUUGUAGGAGGGCCUUAA